AUGACUGAAAUAUUCAGAGGACAGACACCCGAAGACAUCGACAAUAAAUGUCUUACCAUUUGUGCCAAAUAUUUAGAGGGCGUUUGGAAGACAAUUACCAUCAAUGGGUUGGAUAUCAACCGAAUUAGCGGCGGAUUUACGAAUCAAUUAUUUCAUUGCCGUCUAAAAGACAACAUUCAAGUGAAUGGUAACGAACCAAAGGAUGUAUUCAUACGAUUAUAUGGCCCCAAAUGGGUUAAGUCAAGUGAGCCAGGUAGCGAACGAUUACUAGAUGCCAUAAUCAACGUAUUGGCCUCGGAGUACAAUUUGGGACCAAAAGUGUACGGAAUUUUCGAUGAAGGGAUUCUUGGAGAAUAUAUUCAUGGUCAUCACAUGAGUAUUGAAGACCAAAAGAAUCCAAUUCUGGUCAAAGAAUUUGCCCAAAAAUUAGCAAAAUUUCAUUCAUUGAAUGUUCCGACGGCUCGAGACCUCAAUCGUUACAAAAAGAUAUUUUACGACUUCUAUGACGGCAUCUAUAAAAGGACACCAAAUUUGGAUCAAAUAUUCAAAGAGAUUAACGCAAAGAAUUUUCUUGAGUGUGAUAUCAAAGAGGAGAACCAAUGGCUCCAUAAAUGCAUUGAAGCCAUAAAGUCUCCGAUAGUGUACUCACACAACGAUAUAUUCACCGGAAAUAUAUUAGUGAACAAUAAAAUAGACGAUAAAAGUGCUAAUAAUGUAAUUCUCAUCGAUUUUGAGUAUUCCGGACACUUCUAUCGGGGCUCCGAUUUAGGCUUCUUUGUCAAUGAGUUCGGCCGAUCCAGCAAUUGGUUGGACAGACAGGAUGUGCCACUCGCUCAUGACAUAUGGAUUCAAAUGUUUUUAACACAUUAUUUGAAUGAAUCCAUUGAAAUACACGGAAAGGAGUUCGCGGAUAGAGUCGAGAAUUCAAUGCAAUACUUAUUAAGAGAAACGAAAUUGUUUUCAUUAAUCGCCGAAAUGUUUAUCAUUUUCUUUAUGCUAUACACUAAUGAGUCGCCCGAUUGUACUGAUCGACGAGAAUAUUUGAAAAAGUUGGAUGUCUUUUACGGCCGAUAUAUUAAACGCCGGCAACAGUUUGAAAAGGAGGGUAUCGUUCCCCUCUCCAGGCAUUAA